AUAAAAAUACACAACACAGAAACGUUUUCAAACUCCUCAGCAAAAAGUAUUUACAGAAAACUCUGGCAGCCCUUCACAUUUAAGGUAAACGCGAAUGUUGUUCAACUUCACAUUAAGGCGUAGCUUUGCACGUGUCAAUACCUAUCGCACAGAGGUAAACAAAUUACUACACAUGGAAUCUCCACUAUUUAGUACGACUGCGGAGCAAGUCGACGAGCAGCAAGGUAUCGCAGUAAAAACACAUAAAAAUGCGGACACAUUUUCACUUGAAAAUGGAAACAAAAGUACACUUAACGCCGUACUCUCGAAAGUUACCGUAGAGCCGCGUCCCUCUAAGCCAGUGCCACCUCAGCUACGCCGUGAUAAGCUCCAGCAAGCGGCCAAAAAGAAAACGACACCUUACAUACCAGGUACAGUGAAUUUACAAGUCCUUGGUGCCGGCGCUAAUGGUUCACCAAGCGCCAUCUAUUUGUUUACCGAUCAGGCGCGUUACCUUUUCAAUUGUGGUGAAGGCACGCAACGUUUGGCACAUGAGCAUAAAACUAAGUUGGCGCGUUUAGAACACAUUUUUGUCACGCGAAAUACAUGGUCGAUGGUGGGCGGAUUUCCCGGUUUGGCGUUGACCAUACAGGAUGCAGGCGUUAAAGAAUUAUCUUUACAUGGACCACCACAUUUGAGUAGCAUUUUGCAUAGUAUGAAACGUUUUGUUGUGCUGAAAACGCUUAAUGUAAAUACCUGCGAUUGCACACAUUCCCCAGAUUUCGAGGACGCAGUGAUGACUGUUAAAUACGUGCCAUUAUAUAAAAAUCGGCCGGAGGACAAAAAAGAUGCUUCAUUUCCAAUAGACGCUGAUAAUCAAAUGGUUGUCUCAUACAUUUGCAAACUGAAACCACGUCCCGGCGCGCUUAACUUAGUUAAAUGUGUAGAACGUGGUGUUCCACCUGGGCCACUGUUGGGUCAACUGAAAAAUGGCAUUGAUGUCACCCUGCCCGAUGGCACAGUAGUGUUGUCAAAGGAUGUAAGUGAACCCAGCGAAACAGCGCUCUCGUUUGUUUUUCUGGAUAUACCCACAGUGGAUUAUUUGCCUGCACUACAAGCACAAUCAGAAGUUUUUCAAAAACUCCAAAAGGAAACUGAAAGUGAAGUGGCACUAGUGGUGCAUUUUACACCUGCUCAAAUCUUGGAGAAUAAUUGCUACCGCGAUUUUAUGGAAAAUUUCUCACCGCGCACGCAGCAUCUUUAUCUUAAUUCGCCGAAAAACAGCUUUUCCGGUUAUGUAGCAGCCCAUCGGAUACAAUACCAACUGAAUCAGCUAAAUGUGAAAACAUUUCCCUUACUCGCAGAGGCGCUGCAGGACACAUGCAACAGCACAAAUAUUAGCAGCACCUUAAAACGUACCAAGUUGAGCGAAUCAGCGGAGGUCGAGGAGAAUGCGGAAAAAAAAGUGAAAUCAAAAGCUGCUGCAGCAACCACACAGCUGAUGAACAUAAACUCGCUCACAAAUUUUCACUUGCGCCCACGAAAAGGUCUGGAUCGUAGUUCUGAAGCGCAGUUGACUCCCACUGAGUACAUUAGUGAAACACAGGCGUUACCCGACUUCCCUGCGGCGCUCACCAAACUUAAGGUUCUGCAGCAAGGGUUGCCACAAACAAACGCCAACGUAGAGUACCCUAAAAUAACUUUUCUCGGCACCGGCUCUUGUAUACCCAACAAAACACGUAAUGUUAGCGCUAUUAUGAUCCAGCCCGCUGAAAACUCAUAUAUUCUGCUCGACUGUGGUGAAGGUACACUCGGCCAAGUUGUGCGUUUCUUCGGCAAAUCCCAAGCCGAGCAUGUUAUACGCAAUCUAAAAGCAAUUUACAUCUCACAUUUGCACGCUGACCAUCACAUCGGCCUAAUAGGGUUAUUGAACGAGCGUCAAAGAUUGCUGCAACACUCUGAAAUACCACUACUAUCAGAAGAAAAAGUGCUACUCCUUGCGCCUGUACAAAUACAACCAUGGCUCAAUUUCUAUAACGAACGCAUUGAACGCAUUGAGCAGACAUACACGCUUGUCGGUAAUGCGGAAAUGUUGGAUGAGCCAAUGUACCUGCAAGAAGCACGUGCUGAUAUUGGCAUUGAUGCGGUUUCCACUUGCUUGGUGCGUCAUUGUCCACAUUCGUUUGGCGUUAGCCUUACGCUGCCAGCUGCUGCGUCGGGCCGCAAUGAGCCCAUUAAGAUCACCUACAGCGGUGAUUCAAUGCCCUGUCGCGAUUUAGUAGAGCUUGGACGUAACUCAACGGUGUUAAUACACGAAGCGACGAUGGAGGAUGACUUGGUGGAGGAGGCAAAGAUAAAGAUGCACAGCACGAUAUCGCAAGCGAUUUCGCAAGGCCGAGAAAUGCAUGCGCAACACAUUAUACUCACACAUUUCUCACAGCGUUAUGCUAAGCUGCCACGUAUGCAGCAAUUGAUGGGCGUUGAAGCAGAGCAAACGCCGGAGAUGAGUAAUGUCUCAAUAGCUUUCGAUAAUAUGCAAGUGACACUCGGAGAUUUAGAGCAAUUUCAUCACAUGUACCCGGCAUUGCAUGCUCUAUUCGCGGAGCAUGCAGAGGAGUUGGAGCAGAAAGCUCUUAAACGGGAGAUGAAAUUGGAACGGAAGCGGAAAUUACUAAACGCGGACUGACUGUGAGGGAUGGUGGGGAAUCAAGAAAGCUUACAUUUGGCUUUUGUUAUUGAAAACUAUAAAUUAUCGAUGUUAAGUUUUAUUUCAUUACGCUUCUUAAUAUAUUUGUUAUCUAUAAAAUCUGUCGUGAAAUCAAAUUGCUGAUGAAUAUGUAUUAAUUACAUAAAGUCUACAUUUAAUAAAGAAAACUAUAAAAUGGUCUUAAUCAUAGAA